UAAUCUUUCGAUGGACCUUGUUUACUUCAUCAGUAAGAUGAGAUAAUAAUGUAUUUAACCUCAUAUAUAUAUCUUAAAUUUGUUCAUUUGCUUGAUAGUGGCGCUCGGCUGCAGUCCAAUAUGUACUUAAGAUUGCUUCUUUCGUUUUCACUGUUGGUCAAUUUGGCUGCGCAAGCAGUGACCCUUUAUGCAGACACGACAGACUUGUCAGCUGGUAACUCACCACAUCUGACAUGUAACCAUAACUACAACCCACUCGUCUCGUGGUGGCUAAAUGGCGUAAUAGUUCUGAGAUCGCAAGUAAACGGAGAAGAAUGCCAUAAUGUACCAACGCAUCCGGACUAUCUGGCCGACUGUACGUGUGCAAACUCAGUGCACACAUGUACACUUAAGGAUUUGUCCUGGUCUAACUUUGGUGACCGAUGGGCAUGCGUUAUUGGAAUGGUACAAAGUAACAUUCUGACAUUAACAUUGCCAGCUCCCAAAUCGGUGACCCUAUAUGCAGACACGACAGACGUGUCUGCUGUUCACUCACCACUUCUGACUUGUCACCAUGACAACUACCCAAUCGUCUCGUGGUGGCAUAAUGGAGACAUAGCUCUGAGCGCAAAAGUAAACGGAGGGGACUGCCUGAAUAACCCAAUGAAUCCUGAUUAUCUGACCGACUGUACAUGUUCAUACACAGUGCACAUAUGUACACUUAGGAACUUGAGCAGGUCUAACGUUGGUGACCAAUGGGCGUGCUUUAUAAACGAGUCGGAUGGUACUGUUAUAAAAAGUAACAUUCUGACAUUAGAAUUGCCAGCUCCCAAAUCAGUGAACAUAUCUGCAGACACAACAGACGUGUCAGCUGGUCAUUCACCGAUUCUGACUUGUCACCAUGACAACUUCCCAAUCGUCUCGUGGUGGCUCAAUGGAGAAAUAGCUCUGAGCGCGCAAGUUAACGGAACAGACUGCCUGAAUACCCAAAAGAAUCCAGCUUUUCUGACCGACUGUACGUGUACAUACACAGUGCACACAUGUACACUUAAGAACUUCAACAGGUCUAACGUUGGUGACCAAUGGGCGUGCUCUAUUAGCGAUUGGGAUGGUACUGUUAUAAAAAGUAACAUUCUGACAUUGCCAGCUUUCCCAUUGGUGACCCUGUAUGCAGACACGACAGACGUGUCAGCUGGUCACUCAAUACAUAUGACCUGUCACCAUUACUACGACCCACUCGUCUCGUGGUGGCUCAAUGGAGAAAUAGCUCUGAGCGCGCAAGUAAACGGAGGAAACUGCAUGAAUAACCCAACAAAUCCAGAUUAUCUCGCCAACUGUACUUGUGCAAACUCAGUGCACACAUGCACACUUAAGUACUUGUCCUGGCCUAACGUUGGUGACCAAUGGGCAUGCUCUAUUAGCGAUUGGAAUGGUACUGUUAUAAAAAGUAACAUUCUGAUAUUAACAUUGCCAGCUGUCCAUUUGGUGACCCUACAUGCAGACACGACAGACGUGUCAGCUGGUCGCUCACCACAUCUGACCUGUCACCAUGACUACUACCAAAUCGCCUCAUGGUGGCUUAAUGGAGAAAUAGCUCUGAUCGCGCAAGUAAACGGAGAAGACUGCCUGAAUACCCCAACCAAUCCAUAUUAUCUGGCCGACUGUACGUGUACAAACACAGUGCACACAUGUACACUUAAGCACUUGUCCAAGUCUAACGUUGGUGACCAAUGGGGGUGCUCUAUUAGAGCGUCGGAUGGUACUGUUAUAAAAAGCAACAUUCUGACAUUAGAAUUGCCAGCUCCCAAAUCGGUGAACCUAUCUGCAGACACGACGGACGUGUCAGCUGGUCACUCACCACAUCUGACUUGUCAACAUGAAAACUACCCAAUCGUCUCGUGGUGGCUUAAUGGAGUAAUAGCUCUGAGCGCGCAAGUAAACGGAACAGACUGCCUGAAUACCACAAAGAACCCAGCUUAUCUGACCGACUGUACGUGUGCACAAACAGUUCACACAUGUACACUCAAGAACUUCAACACGUCUAACGUUGGUGACCAAUGGGCGUGUUCAAUAAGCGAUUGGGAUGGUACUGUUAUAAAAAGUAACAUUCUGACAUUAACAUUGCCAGCUUCCCAAUUGGUGACCUUGUAUGCAGACACAUCAGUGGUGUCAGCUGGUCACUCAAUACAUAUGGCAUGUCAUCAUUACAACGACCCACUCGUCUCGUGGUGGAUAAAUGGAGAAAUAGCUCUGAGCGCGCAAGUAAACAGAGGAGACUGCAUGAAUACCCCAACGAAUCAAGAUUAUCUCGCCAAUUGUACUUGUACAAACACAGUUCACACAUGUACACUUAAGCACUUGUCCUUGCCUAACGUUGGUGACCAAUGGGCAUGCUCUAUUAGCGGUUGGAAUGGCACUGUUAUAAAAAGUAACAUUCUGACAUUAGCAUUGCCAGCUGUUCAUUUGGUGACCCUACAUGCAGACACGACAGACUUGUCAGCUGGUCGCUCAUCACAUCUGACCUGUCACCAUGACUUCUACCAAAUCGCCUCAUGGUGGCUUAAUGGAGAAAUAGCUCUGAUCGCGCAAGUAAACGGAGGAGACUGCCUGAAUACCCCAACCAAUCCAUAUUAUCUGACCGACUGUACGUGUACAAACACAGUGCACACAUGUACACUUAAGCACUUGUCCAAGUCUAACGUUGGUGACCAAUGGGCGUGCUCUAUUAGAGCGUCGGAUGGUACUGUUAUAAAAAGCAACAUUCUGACAUUAGAAUUACCAGCUCCCAAAUCGGUGAACCUCUCUGCAGACACGACGGACGUGUCAGCUGAUCACUCACCACAUCUGACUUGUCACCAUGAAAACUACCCAAUCGUCUCGUGGUGGCUUAAUGGAGUAAUAGCUCUGAGCGCGCAAGUAAACGGAACAGACUGCCUGAAUACCACAAAGAAUCCAGCUUAUCUGACCGACUGUACGUGUGCACAAACAGUUCACACAUGUACACUCACGAACUUCAACACGUCUAACGUUGGUGACCACUGGGCGUGUUCAAUAAGCGAUUGGGAUGGUACUGUUAUAAAAAGUAACAUUCUGACAUUAACAUUGCCAGCUGCCCAUUUGGUGACCCUACAUGCAGAUACGACAGACGUGUCAGCUGGUCACUCACCACAUCUGACCUGUCACCAUGACUACUACCAAAUCGUCUCGUGGUGGCUUAAUGGUAAAAUAGCUCUGAUCGCGCAAGUAAACGGAGGAGACUGUCUGAAUAUCCCAACAAACCCAGAUUAUCUGACCGACUGUACGUGUACAAACACGGUGCACGCAUGUACACUUAAGAACUUCAACAGGUCUAACGUUGGUGACCAAUGGGCGUGCUCUAUUAGAGCGUCGGAUGGUACUGUUCUAAAAAGCAACAUCAUGACAUUUGAAUUGCCAGAAUUGCCAAGAGGAAAUAGUGCCCAAAUAACAGUGAUUGCUGGUUCGGUUGGUGGCGCUCUUGGUGGACUUAUAAUCAUCCUUGUUAUGGUCAUCAUAUUCAAGCGUAAAAAAAACGAUAAUCGAAAUGGCAGUGAUGUCAUGGAGCUUGGCUUGAUUCCUCGAAUUCCUCGAAUUCGUUAA